UGCUUCAGUGUUUUAGAUCCAUUUGUCAGAUGUUUUAUGGUUACUGAAGUAGAAAUGUAACGGUUUUAUUGACUUUGUUAGUUUUUCUGGACAACUUGUGGUUUUUUUAAUCCUGCUGCCUCUGCAAGGUUGACCACACAUUCUCAAUGGGAUUAAGGGCUGGGGAGUCCUCACCCAUGGUCCUGAGCUUUGGGUAAUUAUCAAAAGAACAAGAACAUGAACACAAGUGGCUGAAAUGAGUUUCCUUUGCAAGGAGGCCAAGCUCAGCCGUGAGCUGUUUUUACAGGACUGGCUGUCUCUCACCGUCCCCGUAAAAAGGCGACUAAUCUGUUCGUCCGCUCGCACGGCCAAAAGCUCCAUGGUCUCCGCGUCCGUCCAGUUUGCCAUGUUGUUGGUGGUUGAAAGAUACUAGUGAGAGGCCAUGUUUAUCUGUGUUUAUAUGCCUUCCGGCCGGCAGCAUACGUCACCAACGCGACCACCCUCUUUUGCGGGGGAACCUCCCACAGUCGCUCCAAAGUGAUUAGCGGGGCUGACAAGCAUUUAGCCGUCAGAGGCGAGGGGUUGAUGUGGCAAGAUUACUACCAAGCGUGGCGGAACGAAUGCCACGAUAUUUGCGCAACGCUAUGCCGGCAUGGCGCGUUUAUAGACAUACCAUCGCGGUAAUAUUACGCUGAUUUGCCGGCAUGGCGUGUCCUAUAAAAGCACCUUCGGAGUUAGGGUAAGGAGCUCAGACAUCUCAUAGAGGCUGGGUGCUGAGCCACUUCUCCUUUGACAGGAGCCAACUGAGGUGAUUAGAGCACACACUGGUAAGAGCAUCUACUCUUGCAAAAAUAUAACUUGUUGAAGGUUUUUUAGAACAAAUAAACUGAUGAAGAAUCUUUGGAUGUAAGGUUAUUUAUUCUUUGUUCACUUGAUGGGACCACUCAUCUAAUUAUUAGAUUUGUCUAAUCAGUGCUUUUAGGUGUGAGGGGUCUCAGAAGUUCAGUUUCUUCUCAUAUCAAACUCGUCUGUAGGUGGCUGUGAUGAGGUCACGUUCCUCUGUAGCGAAUAAGCACAGUCCUUUCCCUGCUUUGUUUCAAGAUGCUUUCAUGCUCUCAUUCAACACAACCAUUUCAUCACAAUGACACCUUCAAAGCCUUUUUUCUAUUUAAUGGGUGUGCUGCUCUGGAACCUGGCGGAGACGAAUGAUGUGGAACCAAUAGUGCGUCGGGACUCUCCUGGCUUUCUAACGUCUCAUAUUGGUGGAGAUGUGACUCUGAGCUGCACUCAUCAAAGUGUUGCUGUUAGAUAUUACUGGUACAAACAAACUCUGGGACAAAAGCUGAAACUGGUCUCCAUUAGCUAUAAAUAUGAUGAAAGUGGAACAUUUUAUGAUGAUUUCAAGGACAAUCCCCACUUCAAACUGAAAACUGAACAUGGGAAAAGCCAGUUACAAAUAUCUGACCUACGGCUUUCAGACACAGGGACUUACUUCUGUGCAAGCGGUCUGUCAUUUAUGUUUGAAUUUGGAGAGGGGGCCACAGUCAUAGUGAAAGAUUCAGGUUUGGAGAACACAGCUUUGGUCCUUCAACCAGCAUCUGAGACCGUCCAGUCAGGAGACUCUGUGACUCUGAACUGUUCAGUCCAUACUGGGACCUGUGAUGGAGAACACAGUGUUUACUGGUUCAAGGACUCUGAAGAUUCUCAUCCAGGACUUAUUUACAGCCACGGAGGCAGGAAUGAUCAGUGUGAGAGGGAACCAAACACACUAACACACACCUGUGUGUACAACCUGCCUCUGAAGAACCUGAAUGUGUCUGAUGCUGGGAUUUACUACUGUGCCGUGGCCUCAUGUGGACACAUACUGUUUGGAAACGGGACCAAGCUGGAAAUGACGAGUGAGGUGUACUUGGUAUACCUACUAAGUGGAGUGUUGAUCUUCACCAUCACCCUGAGUGCUUUAUUGGCUGUUGUUCUGUACAAGCUGCAACAAAAGGGCCUGAGCCGAACCUCAGAGUUUCAAAUAAGAUUUGCAUCUCAACAAACAACUAAUGAAGAGCACGGUAACCAGAACACAGACAACCUCCAUUAUGCUGCUGUGGGUGUUAACACCAGAUCAACAAGUCGCAGGAUGAGCUCACACACACAGUGUGUUUACUCCAGUGUGAAACAAUAGAUUUGACAUGAAUCAACUCCAGUAUUUACAGUUUGUGUUCGAUCACAAAUGGUUUUAACUGCAGAAGUCCAUUCAGCAUUUUUAUACCUGAACAUCCUUGCUUAUAUUUUAGUAUUCUCUUAAAAUAAACCUAUGUGGAACACCGUGUGUGUCUUUUCAUUAUCUCUCUCUCUCUCUCUCUCUCUCUCUCUCUCUCUCUCUCUCUCUCUCUCUCUCUGUGUGUGUGUGUGUGUGUGUGUGUGUGUGUGUGUAAGAACAUUUCAGUGCACAAAGAAUUAAGCAAUCCUCACUCGUCAGUGGGAUUUGAUAUUAACAUUAACACUAGUACUAAUACGUAUUUCUCCUAGAUAUUUUUUACACACCAAUGUUUCUGGGAUGAAUUGGAUAAGAUUUUAGAGCAAGCUACUUUGAAAGUGUCCCUAUUUUUUUUAAAUUUUAUUUCAUUUAGAAUGAUAUUUUCUAUAAAUUAACAAGUCAGUGGCACAUUUGUCAGAUGUAAAUGUUUUAUAACAGUGAGUAUAAAGAUGUUUAUGUCCAGCGUUGGGAGUAAUGUGGUACAAAAGUAGUUAAUUACUGUAAUGCAUUGCUUUUUGCUGUAAUGUGGUAAUGUAAGGCAUUACAGGGAAAGAAAAUGGUAAUAUUUACUCGGUACAAUUGUCAGUAACGCGGUAAUUACAAUGCAUUUUUAAACCCAGAAUCAAGAUGUGUUCCUUAAAAAUUCAAAUUGCGGGAAACCCGAAGAAAGAUCCAGUAUCUGCAUAUAUGACAUCAUUUAUGGACUCAGCUUUGUGGGCAUGAGCAGAGAGGACGCAGCGGUAACGGCUCAAAUACUCCAGCUGCGUCCUGCAUGCGGCCGCUGCAACAUUCACAAAAUCGCUCCACUAAAACAAAAUAAUUCACUUGCGAUCGUUCAUAUCAGCGCAUAUUCUCUGGUAUUUUGUGCUUUUCUGACGUGCUUUUUCUCAGCUGAGUUCAUAAUCUGGGCCCCGGUGAUUUCAACUCAUUACUGCUGGAGCGCCGCGCAUGUGAAGAUCCCUCUGGCUGAUAGAAAGUACGAAGUCUAGGAAACAGUUUUUUCUGGAAGACGGAGAAAACAUGCAGCAUGCAGGAAGGUUAGAGAGAGAAAGGGCAGGAAAUUAUUCAAAUAAAAUCAAGAAAACAAAACAAAGUGCUUGAAAAGAAAAAAAGUAGGUAGAUUUAUCCCCAAUACACAUUUUUACCAGUGAAAAGCAAUAAUAUAAGCAUUUAAUAUUUAUACAUGUGAUAGAAUCAGAUCACCCCAGAAGUCAGUCCCACAUCCAGGGCCGUAUCAAGGCAUUUGGGGACCAAGGCAAAUAUAGGCUUGGAGCCCCCACCACCUCACUCCCUGCUCAGUUAAUAUAAGAUGGCAGCGUGCUGAGAGUACAGAUUGUUGUUGCUUUUAGUAAAUAAACAAUCAUUUUAAAGCACUGUUAUUAUAUCUGACUGUUUUUAACAGCAAUCCUAGCUCAGACACCACAUCACCUUCCACAUAUAUGUCAUGAGCUCACUGAGCGUCAGAUUACCAGAUUCAUGUUGAAGUUGUUUUAGUGAAAGUAACUUAAAGUAAUGCAAAAGUAGUGUAAUGCCUUACAUUUUAAAAUCAGUAAUAUUGUAAUGUAAUGAAUUACUUUAAAAUGAGGGUAACAAGUAAUAAAUAAUGCAUUACAGUUUUGAAGUAACUUGCCCAACACUGACACUUUCAAAGUUUAGAAAAAUGGUCUCUUUUUGACUUUGGUUGAGAACAAUAAUAAAGUGUCAUGGAUUUUAUCAGUAUGUUAAUCAAUAACCCAUUUCCUAUAGUGAGGAGAGAAGGAGACAAUGAGCAGACAAGUCAAACAGUUAUAACUGUGGCAAAGUGCCUCGAACAUCCGGUCACAGAGUUUAGUUAUAGAGAGGUAGAGAUUGUGUGUGUGUGGGAAGUCAAGAAUGUGUGUGGGUGCGUCAUGCAAAGAGGCAUAGAGCAAUACAUUUACAUUCAGUUGAUUGAGUCCAUGAUCAGGAAUUAAUAAACAUAAAUUUUUCCAUAACAUUCCCGCCUGUUUAUCCGAAUAGAACAACCAAACAAAAGGAAGCAACAAAACAAAACAAAACCAAAUAAGGAAAACAAAAAUAAGUUAAAUAAUAAGUAAUUUUAUCCACUUCCACAACUUGUCACCAUUAACUAUGAAAGCUACAUCAAUCACGAAUCAAGGCAUAGAAAGGGGGUAAACCAGGAAAGGUGAUCAUCUCAGUAGUCGUAAGGGCCAAUAGGGUCCAAACAAGUAACUCAAGACAAAAAUGAUAAGCAUCAAAACAAAAAUAAUAAGUAAAGUAAUAAACACUACAAUCAGAUAUGAAAGGUUCAGAAUCAACAUGAUGAAGUGGGAACACAGCACGAGGUGCUGCAAUCAUAUGUCUAUUGCGGAUCGUAAUCUCAAUCCUGUUAACUUGUCCAAAGAAUCAUUCCAUACAAGGUUCAAUACAAAAAUCAGCAAACUAAUAAGAACAAAUAAGGUAAUAAACACAAUCUGGCAAUCGUCAGCAUAGAGAUGGAACGAUAGGCCAUGUUUACAAAAGAUUGACCCCAGAAGAAGCAAAUAAAUUGCAAACAAAAGAGGACCAAGGAUCGAUCCCUGCGGGACCCCCCAGCGGAGCCCCUCCCAAGAAGAAAAAACAUCACCCAGUUUAAGACAGAAUGUCCUGUUGUGGAGAUACGAUCUAAAACAAUCCAAAGCAGACCCUUUGAUCCCAACCCUUCGUUCCAAGCGAUCAAGUAGAAUUGCGUGGUCAUCUGUGUCAAAAGCUGCCGUCAGAUCUAACAACAGAAGCACCACAGAUGUACCGUGAUCUAGUUAUAGAUAGAUAUCAUUUAAGACCCUCAGUAGAGCUGACUCUGUACUGCGGCCCCCUGACUCUGGAACUCUCCCCCCCGAUCCUGAGAUCAGUGGACUCAGUGGUCUCCUUUAAGAAGCAGCUGAAGACUCACUUGUUCAGGCUUUGGCUGGACCUUCAUCAUCACCCCUUCCUUAUUCUGCUCUUUCUACUUAUUUUGCCUUUCCCCGGAAUCCACUGAUUUCCUUCUUUCCUAUUAAUUUUCUCUGUCCCUUUCCUUACAUUGUUAUUUUU